CAAUAUUACAGCAGCAGGACUCGACCUAUGACCGGGCGCGCGCUGAUACUCCCCCGUCCGCUCACAGCUGACUGACACUCACAACCACACACACCCGGAAAACACCCGCCGUUCAUCAUGGAGAGAAAAGUGGCGAAGGAAUUUCGGCAUAAGGUGGAGCUGCUGAUUGAUAAUGAAGCAGAGAAGGACUAUCUGUAUGAUGUUCUCCGCAUGUACCACCAAUCCAUGGACAUUCCUGUCCUGGUCGGUGACCUGAAGCUGGUGAUAAAUGAGCCCAAACGCCUUCCACUGUUUGAUGCCAUCAGACCCCUGAUUCCUCUGAAGCACCAGGUGCAGUACGACCAGCUGACGCCCAAGAGAUCCAGGAAGUUGAAGGAAGUCCGUCUGGACCGCACACAUCCUGAGGGUCUGGGUUUGAGUGUUCGAGGUGGGCUGGAGUUCGGAUGUGGCCUCUUCAUAUCACAGAUAGUCAAAGAUGGACAGGCAGGAAAUGUCGGCCUGCAAGUUGGUGAUGAGAUUGUGCGUAUUAAUGGCUACUCCAUCUCCUCCUGCAUUCACGAGGAGGUCAUCAAUCUCAUUAAGACCAAGAAGAUUGUGUCUCUGAAAGUCCGCUACGUGGGAAUGAUUCCUGUCAAGAGCUCCUCUGAAGACCCUCUGAAGUGGCAGUUUGUGGAUCAGUUUGUGUCUGAAUCAGGGGAGAAAAAGACUAGUGUGGCUGGUUUGGCUUCGAUUGGAGGGAAAGAGAUCAAGGAAAAGAAAGUUUUCCUGAGUUUGGUGGGCACCAAAGGCAUGGGAAUCAGCAUAUCUAGUGGACCAACACAGAAACCUGGCAUCUAUGUGAGCAAUGUGAAGCCGGGUUCAGUCUCAGCCGAAGUGGGCUUACAGGUUGGUGACCAGAUUGUGGAGGUCAAUGGGGUGGAUUUCACCAACCUGAGUCAUCACGAAGCAGUGCGAGUGUUAAAGAGCAGCAGGAGUCUAACCAUCACUGUCCUCACAGGAGCUGGAAGCGAGCUGUUUAUGACGGAUGAGGAGCGGCUGGCGGCCGAAGCUCGUCGUGAGCUUGAAAGACAAGAGCUAAUGCAUCAGAAGAGGGUGGCAUUAGAGACCAACAAAAUCAUCAAAGAACAGCAGGAGAAAGAGCGCCAGAGGAAGAUGGAGAUAUCACAGAAGUCUGCAGAGGAAGAAGAACGAUAUCGCAAAGAGAUGGAGAGAAUUGAAGCUGCGGAAAAGAAGCACCACAAAGAGUGGGAAGAAGAUUGGGGUUCCAAAGAAAAAUCCAAAUCUCCUUCCCCCUCCCCCUCCCCUUCUCCCUCUCCCCCACCACCUGCACGUAAUGCACCUUCACCCAAACCCAAAACCUCCACUGCUGAGUCCGAUGAAGAAGAGAUUGGAGAAGGAUUUCAAAAAUAUGUGGAUGAUUUUGAUCCAUAUUCCAUGUUCACGGCUGAGGAGAUAGCUGGCAGAGAUGUACGACUUUUGAGAAUUAAGAAGGAAGGGAAGCUUGAUCUGGCCAUAGAGGGAGGAAUCGACUCCCCAUUGGGAAAGAUUGUGGUGUCGUCCAUCUAUGAGGGAGGUGCGGCAGAUAAACAUGGUGGUGUUGUGUCAGGUGAUGAGAUCAUGGCUGUGAAUGGAAAGAUCCUGACGGAUGUGACUUUAGCUGAAGGACAAACCUCAUUGGCUCAGGCCUGGAAGAGUGGAGGGGACUGGAUUGACCUGGUCAUCGCAGUGUCUCCACCGAAGGAAUAUGAAGAUGAAGUCCCUAAUGCAGCAUCAGUCAGACCCACUGCAAAGAAAAAGGUUUUCCAAGGCAGUGCCCCUGUUUACAGACAGGGCUACGUCCUUCAGAUGAGGACCCCCCAAACUGAUCGCCACUAGUCCAGUGGUAAAAGCCCCCCAAUCCCAGCCCUACCAUUCUGCAGUGUGCAUCAUGUACAUGUGACAAUCUCUUUGUCAAUCUAGAAACCCACCCAGAUGUUUUCAGUUGGGGUUAUCCUGUGCUAAUGAUUCAGUUAUACAAUAGGCAAUACUCUUGUUGACAAGGCUGUGCAGUCGUUCUGAUUGAUGUUGUUCAAAGGGACUGUUACAUGCCAUGACUCAUGCAUUGAUUAUUCUUGCUUUGAUCGGUUUUGCUACUGCAUGUUACUAUAAAUGUCUAUAGCACUACUGUGUAUGGAUUCAUGAAAAGAUACUGCCAUUGGUUCCCCAGAAACAGUCUUUAAUACUAAAACAGUUGACGGAUAAAUACAGAUGCUCAUGAAAAACAAGGUUUGUGUUUGAAAGUGCUUAUUGCUACGCCACCGGUAAUGGUGUGGUGGUUGCAGCAGAUAGUAAUUGUGCUUUUAAAAGGAUAGUUCACCCAAAAAUACUCACCUUCAUGUCAUUCCAGACCCAUAAGUUUUUUAUUAAUCUUUGAAACACAAAAGGUGGAUUUCUGUUUUCCAAUUGAAAGUCCAUUCCAUUAAAAGUCCAUGAAUCAAGCUGUUUAAUCCAAGUCUUCUUAGGAGACACUGUG